AAAAAAAAAAAAAGGAGAAAAUGGAAGGAAAGAGAAGUGGAAUUGCCAAUUUUGUUGAGGGAGCACAGCCUUACAUUGCUAUGAUCUCUCUCCAAUUUGGCUAUGCUGGGAUGAACAUCAUCACUAAGGUAGCUCUCAACCAUGGAAUGAGCCAUUACGUUCUCGUCACCUAUCGCCAAGCCUUUGCCACGAUCGUGCUCGCUCCGUUCGCCUUUCUCUUCGAAAGGAAAGUAAGACCCAAGAUUAGUUUUCGUCUGUUCGUGCAGAUUUUCCUUCUGGGUUUGUUAGGACCAGUGAUGAAUCAAAACUUUUAUUAUGCUGGGUUGAAGCUCACUUCUCCUACCUUUUCAUGUGCCAUGAGCAAUAUGCUUCCGGCAAUGACAUUAAUUUUAGCUCUUCUUUGCAGGAUGGAGAAAUUGGAGAUGAAGAAAGUGAGGUGCCAAGCCAAGGUGGUGGGAACAAUGGUGACAGUGGGUGGAGCCAUUUUGAUGACUUUAUACAAAGGGAUUGACCUCUUUCAAACCACUUAUCAACAUUGGCUCAAGGGUUCCAUUCUCCUCCUCUUUGCCAAUCUUUCUUGGGCUUUCUUCUUCAUCCUUCAGGCAAUAACAUUGAAGAAUUACACAGCCCAUCUGUCUCUUACAACCCUUGUGUGCUUCUUGGGGACAUUGCAAUCCAUGGCUGUCACCUUUGUAAUGGAAAACAAAGCUUCUGUUUGGAGCAUUGGAUGGGACAUGAAUCUUCUCGCUGCUGUUUAUGCCGGAAUAGUUUCAUCAAGCAUAGCUUACUAUGUCCAAGGGAUGAUUAUGCAAAAGAGAGGCCCUGUGUUUGUCACAGCCUUUACCCCUAUCAUCAUGAUCAUUGUUGCUAUAAUGGCCUCUUUCAUGCUCACCUACAACAUUUACCUCGUACGUGUUGUUGGAGGUGCUAUAAUGGUGGUGGGGCUGUACUUAGUGCUAUGGGGAAAAUACAGAGAUUACAAAGAAAAUGAAGGAAUGAUAGAAGAGGCCGCCAUUGUUGAACCAGUGAAGCUUGAGAAGAAGAAGAGGAAAUUGGCAACAGUGGUUGAAGAAGAAGAAGAAGAAGAAGAAGAAGAAGAAGAAGAAACGACAACAUCAUCAUUAAACGACAUCGAAAUGCAAAGGAACGACACGACAUCAAAUGUCGACAAUAAUAAUGUUACAAAAUUGCCAUGUCCUCCUCCACCACCCAUUAUUGUCGUCAUAGAAGUUUGAUUACAAUUUUAAAAUAUAAAAAAAAAAAAAAAAAAAAAAAAAAACUUUUAAAAAGAAAGAAAAAGAGA